UCAUCUCCCCGAUUACACAUCAUUUACCCUCCCUUCAAUUACUCUUCAUAACAUCACACCCGAAUCAUUUCAAAUCCACCAACACUUUUUCUCUUCACAUUAUCACAUAUCAAUCAAUGGCCAGUGGUGGUGGAUACAGUGAUCCGAGCCAAAAGAUAGACUAUGUGUUCAAAGUGGUGCUAAUCGGAGACUCAGCGGUCGGCAAGUCACAGAUACUCGCUCGAUUCGCCAGAAACGAGUUCAGUUUGGACUCCAAAGCUACUAUUGGUGUCGAGUUUCAGACUCGAACUCUUGUUAUUCAGCACAAGUCUGUUAAAGCUCAGAUCUGGGAUACUGCUGGUCAGGAAAGGUACAGAGCAGUGACAAGUGCAUACUACAGGGGUGCAGUAGGAGCCAUGUUGGUUUACGACAUAACAAAACGCCAAACAUUUGACCACAUCCCACGGUGGCUAGAAGAGUUACGUAACCAUGCAGACAAAAACAUCGUAAUCAUUCUCAUUGGAAACAAAUGUGAUCUGGAAGACCAACGGGCGGUCCCCACAGAGGACGCCAAGGAGUUUGCUGAAAAGGAAGGAUUGUUCUUUCUGGAAACAUCCGCACUCGAGUCAACAAACGUAGAAGAUGCAUUCUUGACUGUUUUGACUGAAAUCUUCAGAAUAGUCAACAAGAAAAGUUUGACCGCGGGUGAGGAACAAAAGGAGAAUUCGGGUUCUUUGGCUGGCAAGAAGAUCAUUGUCCCGGGUCCUGCACAAGUAAUUCCAGAAAAGAAGAUGUGUUGUAGAUCAUAAGAAUCAUUUACAUGUCUAUGGAGAUUAUCUUAUUGUUAUGGAAUAUUAUUUUUCCUUACUUUUAUUUUUGGUUAUGGGUGGUGCUGGUAUUUUUUGUCCAGUGUAUUCCAUUGUUGUAUGGUUGUUGAUUGCAGAGAACACAACAUAAAUGACAACAGCAUGUGUAUGUUCAACUUCAUCACUGUUAUGUUACUGUCAGGUGUUGUUUGA